AUGGCCCACCGCCCUUCAAUUUCGCCAACUCUUCUGAACUCAAAGCCUAGUUGCCAAUUAGGCGUGGAUUCCUAUUUUAGCCCAUGCGAGCUUGAGAAAAUGUCUGCUGCUCUUUCAGAUCUGCUUAUUGUAUCUUUUGACUCCACUGUAAAGACCUCCCUUCUUUUUGAUCCUCAUCUGAAUGGUGAUUUGGCAACACCCGCGGAGAAAAUCAUCACCUGGACGCCUUUAGCCACUUGA